AUGGCAUCCUCUGCUCUCAACUUCGUCACCGUCAACCCAAAGCUCCAGCAAUCCCCGAAACCCACUCCACCCUCCCACAGAUUCACCACCGCCAGAAGAUUCCUCUCCUCCCUCCGCCCAAUCAAAGCCUCCAUAUUCGAAAAAUCCCCACUCUCCUCCAUCCCAGUUACUCAAGCCAAGAGGGCAGAAGAAGCUGAGGUAGAUGUAGAGUCUGUGGAACCUGAGGGUACCGCAGAAGAUAAUUUCUCCCGGGCCGAUAACUUUACUGACUUAUCUAACGGGGAUAUUUUGGAGUACGAGUCUGAUUCGGAGUAUGAUUUCUAG